CCGCAGCCGGAAAGGCUCGGGUCGGGGCCGGGGUUCGGACCCGGCCUGGCGGGCGAGCGCGAUGCGGCUGGGCUCCGGGACCUUCGCCGCCGGCCUCGUGGUGAUCGAGGUGCUCGGGGUCGCUCUGUUCCUUCGGGGCUUCUUCCCGGCCCCCGUUCGUUCCGCGCCCGGGACCGAGCAGCGAGCGGCGCCACCGGUGCCCGAGCCCGCGGCCGGAGCAACUUCCAACUGGACCAAGCUCCCACCACCUCUCUUCAGUAAAGUUGUUAUUAUGCUGAUAGAUGCCUUGAGGGAUGACUUUGUGUUUGGUUCCAAGGGCAUGAAAUAUAUGCCCUACACAACUUAUGUCAUGGAGAAAGGGGAGUCCUACAGUUUUGUGGCUGAAGCAAAACCACCUACAGUUACUAUGCCUCGAAUCAAGGCCCUGAUGACCGGGAGCCUUCCUGGCUUCAUCGACAUUGUCAGGAAUCUCAAUUCCCCUGCGCUACUGGAAGACAGUGUCAUCGGACAGGCGGCAGCAGCUGGGAAAAGAAUCAUCUUCUACGGAGAUGAAACGUGGGUGAAGCUAUUUCCAAAGCAUUUUGUGGAAUACGACGGAACAACUUCAUUUUUUGUGUCGGAUUACACAGAGGUGGAUGACAACGUGACACGGCACCUUGACGGCGUGCUGGGGAGGCGGGACUGGGACGUGCUGAUCCUGCACUACCUCGGGCUGGACCACAUUGGCCAUGUGUUUGGGCCCAGCAGCCCCCUGGUCGGGCGCAAGCUCCGAGAGAUGGACGGCGUCCUGAUGAAGGUCCACACCGCAUUGCUGUCGGAGGAGAAGGAGACCCUUUCACCCACCUUGCUGGUCUUGUGUGGUGAUCACGGCAUGUCAGAGACGGGCAGCCACGGGGCCUCCUCCCGGGAAGAAGUGAACACCCCGCUGGUCCUGGUCAGCUCCUCGUUUGCGAGGAAACCCGGAGAUGUCAGGCGACCAGAGCACGCUCAGCAGACGGACCUGGCCGCAACACUGGCUGUGGGGCUAGGAGUGCCGAUCCCGGAGAGCAGCGUGGGCCGCCUGCUGCUCCCCGUGGUAGAGGGGAGGCCCCUGCGGGAGCAGCUGAGGCUCCUGCACCUGAACGCAGCGCAGCUCAGCAGGCUGCUGCGGGAGAACGUGCCCUCCCACCAGAAAGAGCCUGGGUUUGAACAGUUUAAGAUGUCGGAAAGGCUGCACGGGAGCUGGGUCCAGCUGUACCUGGAGGGCGGCAGCACAGAAGUCCUCCUCGGCCUGGGAGCCAAGGUCCGCCGGCAGUACCUGGGUGCCCUGAAGACCCUGAGCAUGUCCCUGAGCAGACAGGUGGCCCAGUACGAUGUCUAUUCCAUGGCAGUGGGCACAGUCGUGGUCCUAGAGGUGCUGGCGCUGCUACUGCUCAGCACGCCCUGGGCGCUGGGCCGUGAGGCUGAGCUGGAAGUGCCCCUGUCAUCCCCGGCCUUCUCGCUGCUCUUCUACCUGGUGUUCCUGGUCCUCCUGGCCAUCCACGUUGUCGUGUGCACCUCUGCUGAGGGCACCUGCUACCUCUGCAGCCUCCCGUGGCUGGCAGCGGGAGGCGUAAUGCUGCUGGCCUCAGCCCUGUUCUGUGCAGCAGCGUCCGCCCUCGCCAAGGCCUUGGCAUCUGUGCAGCGUCCGGCUCAGAACAACCCAGCUCGCUGGGCCUCCAGCUGGUCGGAGGUGGACCUGCUGAUCCUGCUGGGCACUGCGGGCCACGCCCUGAGCCUGGGCGCCAGCAGCUUUGUUGAGGAGGAGCACCAGACCUGGUACUUCCUGGUCAGCACUCUUUGCCUGGCACUGUGUCACGAAGUCUGCAGGAACUGCUUCCUGGGCAACCCCCAGGAGCCGCAGGAGGAGCCAGCAGGCAGGGGCCCGGGGCUGCUGGACCAGGCACCAAGAAGCCCCUCCCCCACCUCAGCAUUGCUCAAGAGCCGUGCACAGUGGCGGGUGCUGGCGGGCCCCUGGGCUGUCCUGGCCUGCUGCCGGCUGCUGCGGGCCCUCAACCGGACAGGUGUGCAGUGGGCCCACCGGCCCGGCCUGGGGCACUGGCUCGCCAGCUCCGAGCACAAAGCCGCACUCUCUGCCCUGUGCGCCCUCUCCCUGGCCGGGAUCUUCGCCCUGGCUCACCAGAGGUGCUCCCGGGUCUCGAGGGUGGCCUUGGCCCUCGGCCUGCUGGGUGUCUACUGCUACAGGGCAGCCGUCGGGAGCGUCCUGUUCCCAUGGCAAACAGGCAACAGAGCCAUUUCCAAGGGCGUCGCGGAGGCGCGCGCCGUGUUCGUGGCGGUCCUCGGCCUCCUGGCGGCCGGCGCCAGGGACGUGCUCGGGGCCCGCGGGCCGGCGGCCGGGCUGCGCGAGCUGCACGGCGGGCUGGUGCUCCUGGCCGCGCUGCUCCUGCGGCCGCACAACCUCCCGGUGCUGCUGGGCUGCCUCCUGGUGCAGAGGCUCAUGGCCGCCUGCGUGUGGAGGCCCCUGCGGCCCGGCGCCGCCGCGGUCGCGGCCAUGCACCACUGGUUCGGCCAGGCCUUCUUCUUCUUCCAGGGCAACUCCAACAGCGUCGCCUCCGUGGACGUCUCUGCGGGCUGCGUGGGCCUGGACGGCUACGCGCGGGUCCCGGCCGCGCUCCUGACGGCCUUCGCCACCUACGCGGGCCCGGUGCUGUGGGCCAGCCACCUGGCGAGCUUCCUGGCGUCGGAAGCCAGCAGCAGCUCGGCCCUGAGUCAUGCCUGCUUCUGCUAUGCACUGGUCUGCUCCCUCCCGGUUUCCGCGUACAUCGUCCUGGUGACGUCACUGCGCUAUCACCUGUUUAUAUGGAGUGUGUUUUCUCCGAAACUUCUCUACGAGGGGACACGCCUUCUCGUCACCGCCGCGGUCUGCGUGCUCUUCACAGUUGUGCACCGGCACCACCCAGGUCCCAGACAGAGCUGCUCCAGUCAGGGAAAGUAGAUCUCCAGGGCCCACUGUCAUUCUGUAGACUUGGCUACCAGAUGCUCUUUAAGUGCAAGAUCAUCUGUAAAAUGCGAAUCUUACAAAGUUGGUGAAGAACCUCAAUUUCUGUGACUGCUGUCCUUGAAUCUAAAUAGCAAGUGGUUUAAUGAAAGAACAGUUUAAGAUACUUCGUUUCAAUUUGAAUUAUAGUGCCCUGUUGACAAUCAGUCCAGGAACUUCUGAGCUUCUAGUUUCUGGACAAGUCCGGUGUUUAAAUGGGUGAAUAAGGGCUCCAGGCCCUGUCCUGUUGUGGGAUCCCUGUGGGGGCCUUACCUGCGCAGGGAAGGCUCAAUGCAUUUGGAAUCCAGGAGAGCCCAGAAACCACCGGGCCCUGCGGAGCUGCCAUCUGUGCGAGCUACACCUGUCGGCACUUUUCAGUGUUAGAAACUGAAACUGAGACAUCCCAAACAAUGUGUUCGAGAUAUGCAAACACAUUGCAUGUUUAUAAAUCUUAUUUUAGAAAAAUUGCUGUAUUUUCCAAAUACAGGAGAGUGGCAUUGCUUUUAUAAGUUUCCUUAAUUCCAACUUAACUGAGGAUAGUUGGGUUCUGCAUCCAGCUUGUGUGUGGUUGAAGUAGAGGCAAGUAGUUGGAAAGGGAGGGGUAUUUUAAUGUUCUUUUUCUGAUCAUUGUGGAUGUUCUUUCUAGACGCUGUACUAACAUUCGAUAAAUGACGGUUUCUUAAAGGUCAGUUGGAGAAGUGCGUCGGUGUCAAAAGUGGUGUACCUGAGUGGGAGCGUGGGGCCCGGGGCCUUCCUGGCUUCACAGUGUGCGGGUUGGUGAGGGGGAUAGCCUUGGGGAAGCUGGGUGAACAGUACAUGACUCUUUGUACUACUUUUAUAGCUUCUUGUGAGAUUUAAACUUUUUAAAAUAAAAUUUAUUUUAAACAAUAGAAGCUUAGUUGCAGUAUGGAAUGUGGAAGUGAAUUGAUCAACUUUUUUUUAAAUAUCUAUUUAUGCAUACAAGAACUGGGGUGCAGGCCAGAGGUGUGGGGGGGAGGAUUCCCCAGAGACAAAGAUUCCCCUGGCCGGGGAUCGAACUCGUGCCACAGUGGCUGGUGAUCACUUCAUAGUGCUGCAUUUUAACCCCUUGUGUCAUCAAGGAGGCCCACCUGUGUGGACCUUUUACCCGGGUGUGAUUUGUGACAUCUACAUUGUUGUUUGGAGAUGACUGUUUGUUGAGUUAUGUGGAGCUUCCACAUGCGGGCACAGCUUAUUUGAUACCAAGAGUCAGUUGUUGUAUUGCCAAAUGUCUUAUUAGAAUACUCUUCAAAUACUGGACAUUCACAGUGGCAGGUGCAAGUUUUCCCAAAUUCUUCAACUUUACAUGUUGAAAACUGAAAUUUUGUGAUUGACAGAAAAAUUCUGAGUAUUCUUUCUUUAAACAGUCUCAUUUUGUUCAUUUGCAAGGAAAUACCUGCCACACGCCCAAAUCUGAGAGGCCUGUCUGUAAUUCCUUCAGCUGAAAAUGGCUCCAUGACACGGGGCUGCUUAGGCCCUGCGGUGUGUCCUGGACACAGCCUUAGGGCCAUGUGCACCCACAGCACACUGGGUAUUGCAGGUGGAAGUUUCAUGGAAUCGAUCAUCGUCCUUGCCUUUCCAAGGAUGCCUCUCCCUUGGCAGGUGUGCAGGCACACUCAGGCAUAGAACAUCUGGAAACCCCACCUGAGAUCACACAGCUGGUCAGCAUCCUGGGCCAUCUGCUCAGGCAGGACCAGGCUCUGCUAUAACACCAUCUGCCAUGGCAACGGGUGUGGGAUGGACUCAUGUGCUACAGAAAUGGUGCAGGCAUCAGGUGGAAGCAGAGUUAUGUCCCCAGCCCCAGCAGAAUAUAAGCUGAGCCCAAUGGGGGAGAAGGGGCUGUGCGCAAGUGAUACUGUGGCAGGUGGGAAAACUCAGGGACACCUCAGAUCUGCUGAGAAGCUUCAGGCAUUCCUCCUUAGCCACACCCCACUGUCCUGCACGUGAGUAUGGAAGGCCACCCUUUGUCUCUGGUAAUACUUGUCUUAAAGUCUAUUUAGCCUGAUACUAAUACUGCCUCCCCAACAGCCUUAGGAUUAUUGUUUCCAUAUAUCUUUUUCCAGCCUUUCAGCUUCAACUUACCAUGUCUGUAUUUAAAGUAUGACUCUUAUAAAUUCACAAUUUGAAUUUUAUCCUUGACGAUCCCUGUCUUUUAAUUGGAACAUUUAGCCAGUUUGCAUUUAUUGUAAUUAUUGAUAGUGUUCGUUUCAGAGGGGCCAUUCUUCUGUUUGCAUCAUUUUUAUUUUUA